CCAGUGAUAAGGGGCCCGGGGCACGGUGGUGACGUGAGGGCCUGGAAGAGGCGCAAGACCAGCGGGCGGAUUAUGGACAGUAGUAUGGUCGAGGAGAACGGUUCCUCGGCGAUAGGCGAUCCGCUUGGUGGUGGUAGUGGUGGUAGUGGUGUUGUUGGUAGUGGUGGUACCGGCCCAAACGCAACCGGUGAGGCGGUGACAGGCGGGGGUGGUCGUGGCCCCGCGUCUGGCGUUGGAACGCAGCAUCCAAACGAGCUAAUCAAUACCUCCAACAACGGUAGUACCGACAGCAGUACGGCUAUAACGGUGGCAGCAUCUACCGGUGAAGGUGGUGGUGGAGGUGGCGGUGGUGGUGGUGGUGGCGGCGGAGUUGCUGCAGGAGGAGGAGGAGGCGUUGCUGGUAAAGGAGCGGUCGUUGCUGGGAGCACCGGUGCAGCUGGUGCAGGGUUGGUGGGUGUAUUAGGUACUGCCGGGACCGCCAACAGCAGCUCGGUGACGGUCGGUGGUGCCGCCGGUCCAGAAGUGACACUAGUGCCGGCAGCAGCAGCAGCAGUAACCGCCACCGGUACCAACAUUGUCCAGCUUCUGUCGACAUCGCAAUCGCCCGGGCAGGCACAAUCUGUUAUACAGCAGAACCAACAGUCUGUAAUACAAACGGCAACGGGCAACGUCCCAUUAGCGAGAAGCGUACUAUUAGUGUGUAACAAACCAAACUCCGUGAUCCACACAACUACGGGCAAUUUGCAAACCAUACACAUCAAACCCGAACCGCACAUCGUCACCGGAUCCGGUAGCAUUAUGACCGACACAAACAGUGACGAUACACUCUCGGACGAGGAAGCGUCUCCGAAGAAGCGGAGAGACCUGCUAACCAGGCGACCAUCCUAUCGUAAGAUAUUGAGCGAUCUCGGCGGAGCGGAAAUCGCCAACACCCCGAGCGAUGGUUCCGGCCUGCACACGAUAGCGACACCUGGUGGUGUGGUGCAAUAUUCCCAGCCCCAGGAGGGCAUUUACGUACCUCAUAUUUUUCCCAACACAGUCAUGGGCGGUAACGUGCAACUGGAGGAUCAGUCACGCAAGCGGGAGAUGCGGUUGCAGAAAAACCGGGAAGCGGCCCGGGAAUGUCGCCGAAAGAAGAAGGAGUACAUCAAGUGCCUAGAGAACCGGGUGGCGGUGCUGGAGAACCAAAACAAGGCCCUAAUCGAGGAGCUGAAGUCGCUGAAGGAGCUGUACUGUCAGCAGAAGAGUGACUGAAGUGCAGUCAC